UGGGGUGGAGGCAAAAAAUACUGAGAUUAUCGGAAUGGGAACAGACGGGAAAAGCAACCCAAGCCUGGUCCCUAACAAUCAGAGCCAAGCAGGGAAGCCGGGAGGAGAGAAGAGCCCAGACCCAGCUCAGGAAAACAAAGGAGACAUGGAGAAGAAUAAAGAGCAGAAGGGAAAGCUCAAGGCAGGCCAGAAGGAGGAUUCCCAUACUUCUUGUGGCUGCCGUUUUCCUUUACUGAUUGCUUUAUUGCAGCUGAUUUUAAGCAUUUCCAUAGUAGUGGUGGCCUUUCUAAUGACAGGCAUCAGCUCCUAUUUGCUGACCAGAGAGACUCCACACUGGGCUGGGAUAAUUGUCUGUUUGGUCUCCUUAUUGGGCUUUUACUUGUAUUGCAUAACAUACCUGCCUGAUGAGAGGACGUCUAUGCAAUUUAUUGCCAAGUUGGUCUACUUCUUGCUAUGUGCCAUUGGGCUAGUCAUAUGUGUCUUAGCGGUGGCUUUUGCAGGACAUCAUUAUUCUCAAAUCAACAACUUCACCUGCGAACCCAAAGGUGAGAUGGAAUCCUGUGUUUGCAAGCUAGACCCAAUGGACCCGAUCGCCAGGACCUUUGAAUACAGAGAUGUGAAGGAUUGCUCCACAAUCACCACAACCCUCAAGCUCUACUUCCUUCUGCAGAUUGCUUUGAACCUGACCCUGGCCAUUGUCUGUCUGAUCGGAUGUUUUGUGAUGUGGAAACACAGGUACCAGGUGUUCUUCGUAGGCCUUCAGCUCAACUCAGCCAAUGAGCAGAAGCAGCAGAAGGUGUAACCUCUUUAACACUCUCACCACUGGUCCUUAUAAAUGAAUUUCCAUUCUGCAAGAUAACAUCAAAUUAUCUGUGGCUUACUGAUCAACAAGUAAAGACACCUUCCGAUGACUCCACAAACAAGCCCAAGAUGAAGAAUCUAAUGACUGCAGGGACCCAAAAAAAGUACAAUUUCAGAGGAUCAGCAACAACAUACCAAAUAAUCUUUGCCAACUACACACCUUGUGAGUCAUGCAAGUUAUACACACAAGAGCCUUUGGCAGCUAUCAAUAUUUUCAUUAGAAGUAGUUCAAAAGUGCAGUCGAGGGCAACAGCAGAUGAGUAACACUACCAGCAGCUUUUAACGUACAGGUAGACCAAUUAUGCAAAAAUGUUGGUAUUAAACUAACUGCUCUUUGCUCAUAAGUUUUUAAAAUACCAGUUACUACAUUAACAAAUUUAACAAUAGGCCUAAAAACUUAUUUUCUAUAUUUAUCUUUUGGAAAAAAAUCCUGUGCCAGAUAUAUUAGCGUAUAUUAGUGUAGUGACCAUAUAUAACAGGAAGAUCCUGCUUUCUUAAAUCAAAUAGUAGAAUUUACAAAUAAUAUUCUAGGUUAAACACCAAAAUCAUAAGAAUAAAGAAAAACUCUUAGUCCAGUAGACAACAUGUCAACAUUGUAAAAUGUAUUACAAUCUUUGUCUACUGGACAAACACCUUUCUUUAGUUUUAUUAAUAUUUAAAAUACUGUAACCAAAUUAUUUUGGGGGCAGUGUAUGACAAUGGCCUAGUCUAUUUGCACAGUGGAUCUGCACUCUUUCAUGAUCAUUUAUCUUCUUUUUUUAUAAUUGAUUUGUAUCCGAUUUUCUUGUUUGAAAUUCAGACAUUUAAAAAUCACUGAAUGUAUUGCAGCACAUGAAUUCAUACUAUUCUGAUAGCUUUUUUUUUCCUUCUGAAGGACUGAAUUGAAUCCUGGCUGAAGUCUUUAGUAAAAUGCACGAGUUCAUGGUGGAGAAUAGUACAGAUGAUAUAGGACUUCAAUAUGCAUAGUCUGGCACAGUAGGCAGUCUUUGUUUAGCAGAGCAUGGAGACAAACUACCCAGGGCAAAGGUGCAUUGGCAGGGCUGUGAGGGAAAGUCCAGGGCUACAGCUGUCUACAUUCAACACAGCCAGAGAGGUAAAAAUAGAUAAGGUGCAGUAUCGGUGGCAUUGGUUAAAAUCACGUAAACAACCCUCCACUUAGGGUUUGGAUGAAAUCAGAGAAUAUACAAAUCAGUGGCCCUAACACCUUUGGAACCAUAAUCGAAAACAUAAUCACUACAAAAUUCUGAAUAAGGCUGCUGAAACAAGUAUGUGAAAUUACAUCAAGUUAACUUAUGUAAAACAAUAAGUGAAGUGAAAAUAGAAAAUUAUUUUCAUAUGUUCUUUUUGGUAUAGUGGAUGAAGGAAAAACACAGUCCUUUGUGAGAGUGAUUUCCUCAGGCGAGAAGAAAUUCAAUGAAGCCUUAUACAGUAUUGUUAAAUAUAACCCAAGCAGAGAGCAGUUCUUUGUUUAUGUCCAAACUAAAAAUCUACUAUGGAGUAAGAGAAAAGUCCAAACUGUUUAGAUAAUACUAGAAGCCCAUCAUUAUUUGAAAACAUUUCUUAGAAAAUGAUCGGGCCUCUACAGCUGCCUAAUUAUUGGUUUGAAAAUUGCUGAUUGUCCUUUAAGUAAAAUGUCUUGUUAAUAAAAGUGGGUUCUCACUGAGCCAGAGAGAAAGAGCUGGAAUCUUUCAUAUCAAAAAAUAUUACUGCCUGUGUUCCCACAUUAACUUCAGUGUGACCUUAGACGUCUACAAUUCUUCAUGGCAAGAAAACCAAUUUGUGCACACACCAUUGGCAUUAUACAUGAAGUGUGUUAUUCAUAGAUUUGUAUGUAGUUUUCAUUAAGACUUCAAGAUGUUUGAGUUGAAACAUUAAGAAUUGAAUACCAGUGAAAUAAGAUGGCUUACAAACAACCCACUGUUUUACUGUAGUCUGCUUAUGACCCUCAGAGUGAUGUAUUUAUGGGCAGGGGUCUCUGCUUAUUUCAGUGGUGCAAAUAUUGACUUUAUUUAUUUAAGUAUAUUUUAAGUAUAUUUUUGGAACAGUGGUUAUGGGGAAUAAAACAGGUACCCCGAUUGCAUACAAAAAUAGCACUGGCAUUAGUAUUAAGCCCUAUACUUUUCAUAUUAUUCAUAAUGUAUAGCCUUGGGGUGCUAAGAGAAGAUUUAGGUUAUUAUUUAUUUAACGCUGCAGAGUCCCACAGUCUUUUCAAAUUUUAAACUAAAAUAAGAUUCAUUGGUGUUUACUGCAUCCUAUCAUAUCCAUCAGGAACCGCUUUUUUAUUUUUGUUUUGUUUGUUUACAUUACCCAUAGCAUUACUCUGAGAUCCACAUAGACCUGAAGAUAAAACAGUUUUGGAUUCUGAACCUUUAAAUGUUGUACUUCAGGUAAGGCUCAAAAUUGUGUCAGAUCGGCAUCAGCAGAAUUGCUGAUUUACAGUGAUGACCUGUUAAACAAUAUUUCUAUACAGACACAAGUUCUGUAUUCAUGUUUGAACAAUUCUGAUCUGUGGACUUAACCCAAUUCUGUUCUUAUUCUGUAAGUUUGCCCCUGCUGCACCUCCCUCUGUCACUGGUGCUGAUUGAUUACAAGCUUCUAGAACUAUGUUGAAACAUUUAGUAGGAGAAAGGGGGGAAUAAGAAGAGUGUGUAGACAGUCACUGUUUAUGAUCUGCUUCCACCUCCCCAGAAUGUGCCUUCACAUGAUCACCAUUUGCGCCUUGCUCAAACUCAGCUCACUGUAGGCGGAAACUUGGGCCCAGUCCCAAAACAUCACGAGGGCCUGCAUAACGGAAGAGUUUGCAGGCUGAAUUGCCGACUACAAAUAUAGAUGAUUAAAUAUGUAAAUACGGACAAACAUAUACACAGCAACAAAAUCAUGUACAAAUGAUAAAAGACAAAAUAAUCUUUAGUAUCUGCUCUUAAAUUUUUGCUGCUGGUGUACUUGGAUAGUUCUGUUAAAAAAAAAAAAAAAGAUAUAUAUAUAUAUAUAUAUAUAUUCUACAAAACAAGGGGAGAGAAAGGGGAACUCAGAGGGACAACUAAAUAAAUCACUUUCAGAGUUGAGCAGAAGCCUUCAAUGUUCCGUAAGUGGUCUGCAGUUUAUUUUGUAGCUUUAAGCUACAGAUCAACAUGCCAGUGAAUUACCAAUGACAGCCAGAUGGUAGUCAUACAAAAAGGUUACAUUUUAUAAGGGCAUUUUAAUGAAACACUUUUAAAUCAAUGUGUGUUCCAUUUUCUAUUGGAUGUUUAACAUAAAGCCUAACAUCUCUUGUCCGCAGCAUAAUUUUUUUGUAUUCCAGCUUGAAUGCUAUAUUUUAAAUACCAUGUUUACCUGUUUUGUAUGUAUUAAAAAAAAAUAAAAUAAAAAAAAUAACAUCAGCUGCCUUCAGAAUAUGGCAAAGCAACAA